AUGCACGGCGAACACAAAAAGAGAUUGGACGUUCUGCGACAGUUUAUCAAAGAGCGAAAGAUACUGUGGCCCGAGCCUCCGAUCGAAGGUGUACACCCGCUCGGAGUGCUGUUGGACCUUGCCUACAACUGGCGCCUCAACCUCUGGUUUGAAGCACGGCCACUGCUCAGCGUGGCUAGUUCAAAGACUGACCUGCUGCUUAACGCGGGGGGCAUGGUGCCUUUCUGGUUCAUCUAUCAGCAAGGUAUUCGCAGGGAGAACUACGUGAAAUAUUGGGAAAUGCUCUACGCUUUAUUUAGUGGGGGUGCACAAUCCGACCUUAGUGUCACCGAAAUCUCGAAAAUUGCAACCGUAGAGCAAGACAUUUUCCAUGAGCUCACGCUCAUCUUCCAGCACCCUGACAAACAGCCCGCAAGGAUCCUUGUCAGAAACAUAGGUCAGCACACGCCCGCGAUACCAUCGCAGGAGUGGAAAGAGCAGCUGGACUCAACAAUCGCCACUGGAGCGCACGGUGCCACUGGAUACGACACUUUCGAAAGCGUGGCUGUCUCCGACAAGGCGCUCCUUGAGGCCAUCGAUAAGCUUUUUGGCAAAUACAGCAGAAGGGAAAUGCUGCAACAAAUCUCCUGGUUCUUUGUCCAAGUUUUCGCACCGCUCGUCAACGGCGACAUUUUUCUAGCCUUAUACCGUAUUAAAGACGCCGCCGCUCUCCGACAGCGCAUGUUCUGUGCACAAGAGGUCGAAGAGAUGUACGGGCCGCUCGUCCCCUCACUUUACGUGGCCGUCAACUUCGACGAGGAGGACCGAAAGAGCAUCGACAAGGACUUGGCCGACGUGGUGCUCGUUGCGCUGGAUAAGGUUGCCAAUAUAUCGUCGCUUACUAAUGUUACUCGCAAUUUGAUUGCGAACAAGCUCGAUACAUUGACGACAGUGCUCUGGCCGCCGAAUGACUUCCUCACCAGCGACGUGUUGACAGCCAUCUACGCUAACUUCUCACCUCAUAAGGACACUUUCAUCCAAUACUGGAUCGACGCACGCCAAAACAUGAUGCGCUUGUAUCAAGACGGGCCCACUCACGACCCAAUGCCGCGACUUCCACGGAAUUACCGACUUCCGUUCUUCACGUACGACUACCUGACGAACAGCGUGCUUAUGUCGGUGGCUGCGUUAAGCAAGCACGUAUUUACGUCGCCCAACGGCACCGCCGCCAUGCGCCUGGGAACCAUCGGCUUCGAUUUUGCGCGACAGUUAGUGCGCGUCUUCGACAACGCCGGUCUGCGAGUAGACGCUAAAGGCAACUUACUCGACGAACCAGUGCCCUUCCCGGCUAUGAACCGCAGCGAGUGCACCGUCCAAGAUGAGGGUGACGGCAUCCAGGAGCUGCCGGCGCUCGAGGUGGCGUACGCUGCCUUCGAGGAGAGAGCGCGUAACUCGUCCCAGCGCGUCAUGGAGGCGUACUCGGAGGAGCAGGUUUUCUUCAUCACGGUCUGUUUCAGCUUGUGUCGCCAGCCGAAGACACUGCGCAGCGUGUUCGCCAGCGGGUGCAACGAGGUGGCCGCAAAUUUCGAGCCUUUCUCCAUCGCCUUCAAUUGUUCCAGUGGCGCGAGAAUGAACCCUGUGCGCAAGUGCACUUACUUUAAGUAA